AUGUCAAUCAAUGAUAUAUGUAAGCUGAAGUGUGGUAAUGCCGAACAAUUUGAUAAGGGCAAGACUAUUGAAGACAUUUUUAACGAUGCCCGAAAACAAGUAAUUAAUUAUGUCAAUGAUUUAAAAAAUGAUUACCACACUUCGGCUUUUGUUAUCAUGACUUGA